GCGAGAUCUCUCCAUCUUCAGGUUAAGCAACGACGAACUGUGUUCAUUUUAGAGUUUGUUAAAAGAUCCAGAGAAGUAUCACAAUUGGAAAGAAGAUGAGUUUGGCGAAGAGAUUUGUUCACCUGAGGAAAGCUUCUCCAUCGUUUUGCCUUCGAGGUAUCUAUUUCUCUGGUUUGAGUUAUGAUGGCUACAGAGAGAAAUUGAGUAGAAAUGCGUUACUCCAUUUGAAGUUAGAUGAAGCUGUUGAUCUGUUCGGUGAAAUGGUCAAAUCUCGCCCCUUUCCUUCCAUUGUUGAGUUCAGUAAAUUGUUGAGUGCUAUUGCUAAGAUGAAGAAGUUCGAUCUUGUCAUCUCCUUCGGGGAGAAGAUGGAGAUUUUAGGAGUUUCACAUAAUCUCUAUACUUACAAUAUUAUGAUUAACUGUUUAUGCCGCCGCUCUCAACUCUCAUUUGCUUUAGCAAUUCUUGGCAAGAUGAUGAAACUUGGCUAUGGGCCCAGCAUUGUUACCCUGAACUCGCUUCUCAAUGGUUUCUGUCACGGGAAUAGGAUAUCCGAGGCUGUUGCUUUGGUUGAUCAGAUGGUGGAAAUGGGAUAUCAACCUGAUACCGUCACAUUUACAACUUUGGUUCAUGGGCUUUUUCAACACAACAAAGCUUCCGAAGCUGUGGCUUUAGUUGAACGGAUGGUUGUGAAAGGUUGUCAACCAGAUCUGGUUACUUAUGGUGCGGUAAUUAAUGGAUUAUGUAAGAGAGGUGAACCUGAUUUGGCUUUAAAUCUGCUCAACAAGAUGGAGAAAGGGAAAAUAGAGGCUGAUGUUGUGAUCUACAGCACAGUCAUAGAUAGUCUCUGCAAAUAUAGACAUGUGGAUGAUGCACUCAAUCUGUUCACUGAAAUGGAUAACAAAGGUAUUAGACCAGAUGUUUUUACCUACAGCUCCCUCAUAAGUUGCCUUUGUAAUUACGGAAGAUGGAGUGAUGCUUCUCGACUACUCAGUGAUAUGCUUGAGAGGAAAAUCAAUCCAAAUGUAGUCACUUUCAACUCAUUGAUCGAUGCGUUUGCGAAGGAGGGGAAGCUUAUAGAGGCUGAGAAAUUGUUUGAUGAGAUGAUCCAAAGGUCUAUAGAUCCUAAUAUUGUCACUUACAAUUCAUUGAUCAACGGGUUUUGUAUGCAUGAUCGUCUAGAUGAGGCCCAGCAGAUUUUUACUUUGAUGGUUAGCAAAGAUUGUCUGCCAGACGUAGUAACUUAUAAUACACUUAUAAAUGGAUUUUGUAAGGCUAAGAAAGUGGUGGAUGGUAUGGAACUUUUCCGGGACAUGUCUCGAAGAGGAUUGGUUGGCAACACAGUCACUUACACCACUCUUAUCCAUGGAUUUUUUCAAGCUAGUGAUUGUGAUAAUGCCCAAAUGGUUUUCAAACAGAUGGUUUCUGAUGGUGUGCAUCCCAAUAUUAUGACAUACAACACUCUGUUAGAUGGACUUUGUAAAAAUGGGAAGCUAGAGAAAGCAAUGGUUGUAUUCGAGUAUCUGCAAAAGAGUAAAAUGGAACCUGAUAUUUACACAUAUAAUAUUAUGAGUGAAGGGAUGUGCAAGGCAGGGAAGGUGGAAGAUGGGUGGGAUCUAUUUUGUAGCCUCAGCCUUAAAGGAGUGAAACCUGAUGUUAUAGCCUACAAUACAAUGAUCUCAGGAUUCUGUAAGAAAGGUUUAAAGGAGGAAGCAUAUACCUUGUUCAUAAAGAUGAAAGAAGACGGGCCUCUUCCAGAUAGUGGUACAUAUAAUACGCUUAUCAGGGCACAUCUGAGAGAUGGUGACAAAGCAGCAUCAGCUGAACUCAUCAAAGAAAUGAGGAGUUGCAGGUUUGCUGGCGAUGCUUCAACUUAUGGCUUGGUCACAGAUAUGUUGCAUGAUGGGAGAUUGGACAAAGGAUUUUUGGAAGUGCUUUCUUAAGGUCGAUCAGCUUUUCAUGUUACUUUUAUAUUGGUUAUUUCUAAACGCAGUCAUUAUGUUCUCAUGUUACAUGUGUAUGUAGAUUUGAAUAGCAGUAGCUAUUGUGUAUAAGCUUCUUGAACAUGACUGAAGUUGUUUGUCAUUUACCUGCUAGGUUGCAAACAUGAGUUGAUCUAAACGCUCAUUGAUGCAAGUUCAAGGUUAAUUCCCGGCCGGGAUUUGUAUUUUUGUAUGUUCAUUGCAUUUGCACACGGAAACAUACAAGAAGACAGGGAUAUUGUGGGUUUAGUUUCAUUUUAGAAGGUUACAUAUGUGUUUCCUUAGCUGACAGAUACUAUAUUGCAGCAAAUUUGGUGACAUUCCAAAGAAAAUAUGACAAAGAAUCUGUCAGUUUUCGGAGUAAUUAGUCAAUGUUUGUCUCAUUUCUAUGUUGUUCUUGAUCUACACAAAAGAAUCAACUUUCAUGGAUAGAAGAAAGUCUUUCAAAAUAAUCACGGAAGUCGGGAAGAAAGAGAUCUAGUACAGUAACUCAUCCUCGGAAAUUCCGGUCACUGGAAAAAGUUUGGGAUUGGUACAAUGCCUUCUGAAACUUUCUUCAAAGACUGAAAGUUCCGAGAUUGGGUUGCUAUGUUGGAUCUCUGUCUUCUCAACUUCAUGUGAUCAUUUUAUACCUCACAAGCAUUGAGAAAUAUGAAAGAUAUAUACUUACUAUUUUCUUCUGUUUUCAUGAAAGUUAUUGGUUUUUGUGUUGACUAAGAACAUUGAGGCAACCAUUGCCUGAUAUUAAAGACAGAUAGAUUCUUUUUUCUCCUUUUUUGACCGAACACGCUUCAGAAGUUUUAGUAGCAGCAACAACGGAGGAUUCUUUUUGAUGUAGCUGACAACUUUGUUUCUUUUAGUAUUGAGCUCUUUCGUUUAUGUCUUUGUUUUCUUAUUGAUGGGUUUUUGAUGGUACAGUUCUCCUCCCUUUCCUUCCACUAUUGAUUGAUUUCAGUAUACAUACGGUUGCUGUUCUGUGUAAGCUUCAUGAAGAUGACUAAUAUUGUGCAUUUGUGUAUUUCAUUGUCAGGUUAACACAAGAUCAGUGGUGAGCAUCAUAAGAAGCUCUUCCCUUCAUGAAGAUCUCAGACUUGGUUUGACAUAUGAUUAUUGUUCUACAGUAGAUUUGUUUUUUAACCACAGUUGGUUCUGUUUCUUGUACACAAACUUUUUGCAUCUGUUUCUAGUAGUAAUAUAAAUGAAACAUGUAAACC